GUGCGGCAACAUCACAUACCUACGAUCCGCCCCGCCAUUGUCCCAAAUGCUAAGAGGACUUCUCCAAAUACGAAUGAAAGCUGCGAUCCUGCCGACGAGAUAGAGAUCUUACCACGCAAUAUGAACGGCAAGGCGCUUAAAGAUGAUGGCUCCCAAGUCUUAGAUUCCACCGACUGGCUUGCGACACCAUUACCAAGACUCAGCGCCGUCGAGGCCGCACUACGAUGUCAAGUCUGCAAGGACUUCUACGAAAACCCGAUGAUUACCUCAUGUUCGCAUACCUUCUGUUCACUGUGCAUAAGGAGAGCUUUGGGCGGAAAUGGACUAUGUCCAGGUUGUCGGACGGCUGACCAAGAGGUCAAACUCAAGUUCAACAAUACUGUAUAUGAUAUGGUGGAGGCUUUCAAGGCUGCGCGGCCCGAGAUUGUAGAAUACACCAGGGAGAGACCGACACCCACAGCAAGGAGUGCUUCGCCGAAACGGAGUAGGGAAGAUUCGGAGCUAGGUAGUGUAGAGGACGGUCCAUCCACGAAGAGAACGAGGUCCUCGAGGCGGCUGGUCCCUCAGCCUGCUACGCGAGUAAUAGUGGUUGAUUCAGAUGUCGAUGAUGAGGACUUUAUCCCUGAAAAAGGAGUCGUCCAAUGCCCCGUUUGUCAAAAGUUAGUGAAAGAGGUGAUGAUCAACUCACACCUGGAUCGAGGAUGCAUGGAUGAGCCGAAUCGGCCAAGAAGUUCGAAAGGAUCAAUACAGAGCCCUGCAGAGCCGCCCUCUGUGGAAGUCAAGCGGCCUGAGCGACUGGCGCAAUUAAAUUAUUCUAUGGUCAAAGACGGCCCGCUCAAAAGGAAACUUGUGGAUCAAGGAAUUUCGGCGAUGGGAUCAAGGCAGAUGAUGGAACGGAGAUUUACAGAAUGGGUCACUCUAUGGAACUCAAAUUGUGACGCAAGGUUUCCCAAAGGGAAGAGUGACUUAAAAAGGGAACUUGAGGUCUGGGAGCGAACGCAGGGAGUGAGAGCACAGGCGUCUUAUUCGAUGGAUCCUGGUUCUCAGAUUAAGGACAAAAACUUCGAUGGGAAAGCAUGGGCAAAUAAGCAUGAUGACUCGUUUCGAGAUCUCAUUGCUAAUGCACGGCGGAAACUCCCUACUAAGCCUGCUGUUCCUCCUAUCGAAGCAGAAGAGCCGAGUGCCACAGGACCUGUGGCAUUUAUUUCGCCAUAUGCUACCUCAGCUCCUGCGGACACUGAGAGGAAAGACAAUGGAACUACAGCAAACAGUCAACCUCAAAGCUCGUUGCAAAACAUCCCGAAUGCUUCAUAUACUUCGGCGGACGGCCUAGAUGGAGCACAACGAAUGUUCUUUGACGAAGGAAGUGGCAAUUCUAAGUUACCUCCUUCGUCACAAUACUCGAACGGCAUUCCAACACUUGAAAAUGAUACUGGUAUUAGCUCGGAUAUCUCUACAAUGAAAACUAUACAACAAUAG